CUGGUACUUGGUACUGCCACCUCCACUUCUACUACACUCUACUGCCACUAUACUGCUCUCAGCAUCCACUAGUACCUCAUCCUACCUCUAUCGGUACCUGACUACACACCCACACCCGCAGCCAAUUUCCUCGUACCUGAACUACCUUGUUGUGGUGUCUUGCUAUGUCUUGGUUUACCUUGGCCUCGUCGUCGCUCCCUCGCUCUUUCCCUCCUCCCACUCCUCCCACUCCUCCCACCACCCAUUCCCAGUUCGUUACUACUGUUACUGCCUGUCUCCACUGUCCCAGACUCUUCCCCUUCUCGUCUCGUCUCCCCUUCAUCUUCUCGCCUCCUUCCUUCCUUCCAAGCCAACUAUUCUAUCUGCAGCGACUUCGUCCGUCCUGCGACUUCCUCUUUUAUUUGUGAGACUCAUUCACAAGACAUUCGUUUAAUUACAUACCCGUCUUCAGCUCUUUCUUCCCACAGCUUCAAUUCUCCAAUCCGCCUUCUUCCAAUCUACUCUAUCCCGAGUUUAUUUUAUUCGCUGUACCACACACAGCCCAUAUACUUUCCCGGUCUAGCAGAUAGACAAAAGUAAUCAACUUUCCAUCAAAAGUAUCCUUCCUUCACAAUGCUCGUCAACUACUUGGUGCCGGCCCUCGCGGUCCUCGGCAUGGCCACUGCCGCUCCCACAAACCCCGCCUGCAAGCAGACAACGGUGAUCAUCAGCAGCCAGUCCGAUGCUGAUGCCCUUGCCGGUUGCACGACCUUCACCGGUAACAUCCAGAUCUCCAAAGAUGUCCCAUCCGGAGGCAUUGCUCUCAACGGCAUCCAACAGCUCAACGGUGACUUGAUUGCCAACCAGGCCGUCAAGCUGACUGCCCUUUCCGCCACCUCGCUCGGCUCCAUCAGCGGAACCAUCAAGUUCACCAGCUUGACCACCAUGUCCAGCCUCGAGUUCCCAUCGCUGUCCCAGGUCGGCGCCAUCUCGUGGACGACCCUCAAUGCUCUCCAGGCGCUCACCUUCACCACCGGUGUCACCAAGGCCAAGUCCGUCUUCAUCACUGAUACUGCCCUGACCAGCCUCGAUGGUAUCAACCUUGCCACCGUCGACAGCUUCGAGAUCACCAACAACGCCUACCUCCGCAAGAUCGAGACCCAGGUUGGCAACAUCUCCCAGGCGCUCAUCAUCAACAACAACGGCCCCAACCUGGAGCUUACCUUCCCUAACCUGAUCUGGGCCUUCAACAUGACCGUCCGCAACGUUUCCAGCCUCAGCAUCCCUUCCCUGAAGGUUGUCAACUCCACCUUUGGUGUCUACGGAUCCUACAUGGAGUCGGUUAUGGCCCCCAACUUGACCAAGGUCGGAGGUGACGUUGCUUUCGUUGCCGACUCUUCGUUGACCAACAUCUCCAUGCCGCUUCUCCAGACCAUCGGAGGUGGUCUCUUGAUCGCCAACAACAGCAAGCUUCUGGACAUCACCGGAUUCCCGGCCCUCAAGAGCGCUGCUGGUGCCAUCUCCAUCUCCGGAAACUUCACCAAGGCUGCCUUCCCCGCCCUCGCCGAUGUCCAGGGUACGUUCAACGCCCAGACCUCUGCCAACUUCUCCUGCAACGACUUCAACAAGCUCCACGAUGCCCAGGUCGUCAAGGGUGACGUCUUCUGCCAGGCCCAGAGCGACAACGUCCAGACCACGCUCUCCGGAUCCACCAGCGGCCAGACCGACAGCGGUUCCGGAAGCAGCGACUCUACUAAGGAUGCCGCUGGCAGCCUCAAGGUCUCAAGCGUCUUCGUUGUCGGCAUGGCUGUCCUUGGUGGUCUUCUCGCAUUGUAAAUGUAGCUAGUGUGUUUUUUUCAUGAGAGAGAGAGAGAGAUACGAGUGGAAAGUUUUGAGGAGAGGAGAGGAGAGGAGGGCGUUUUGUCGUCGUUGUGGUUUUUUUUUAACUUUGUGAUUAGUAGUGCAAGUCGAGCUAGACAAAGACAUAAUAUGUUACGACCUCUUCAUCGUGGGACCUUAUUGAGCGCGUUGUGGGGGGAAAUGGUGAUGGAUAAUGGAGGGUGACUUGAGAAUUAUCUGUCUUUUUGCUCUCGCUACUUGACUUGCUGUGCUUUUAGGACUCGUUGCUCUGGGGGUCUAUCAUUUUUUUUUGUGCAUGCCUGCUUAACUUGACAUUCGCUCUGCUCUAGUGGUUUAAUGGUUGGUGGGAUGGAUGGAUGAUUGUGCUGUGGCAUCUUUUCUUUGCAACGAUUUUUGUUGUGAUUGCUCUGGGUGGGUGAUGAGGAGGAGGAAGAAGAAGAACGGAGGGUAGUUGUGAGGGAUGAAGGUGCGAGGGAGGUAGGGGGGAGAAGGAAGGGAGAAAAAGAGGAAAGGGG